UGUGGGGAAGGACAAGGAAGCCGACAAUGUGCAUGAUACAAUGAUCACUGUGCAGAAGGAUAUUGGCCUAUAGUUGUGAUAAAUUAGUAGACAUGUUUUCCCCAGAACAUUUCAGUGAAGAACAAGGUCUAGUUAUAGGCUUUCUGCUGAAGGAAACACCCAUCAGUUCAUUUUUCAGUCUGAUUUUAUUUCCUUUUGUUUCAGCUUUGUUUAAUUACAACUUUCUGUCAAGACUGUUGAAAGAUUCAAUGCUGUUGUCAUUUCAACCAAGUAAGAGCGCUGUGGGCUUGUUUGGGUUUUGACUAGGUGUCUGGUAUAGUAAGAGUCUCAGCUAUCUCGGUCAUUCCUUGGUUAUGCCAAGUAUGUUUCAAAUGAUAUUGAGGGGAUGAGAAUAGAGAAAGACAUUGAGCUUGACCAAAAAGAGUGAGAGAGAGAAGAGUUGCAUAUUCAGGUAAAGUAGGGAUCAAAAACAGGAAAUCAAGAAAUUGUUAGAAUAAAAUUAAACUACUGCAUCUUAUGGGCCAAUGACCUUUGCUGGAUUUCUAGCCAACUCUUCAUUAGCAGAGUCAGUAAGAAGGAGGACUUCAGAGUCAGAAUGAAGUUCAAAGCCUAGUUCUAGAAUUAAUUGAAUGACUUUGUGCUAGUUAAGUAUCAUGUAAGCUUAGCUUUCUCAUGUAAAGUGGGAGUCAUGUAAUAUUUUCUGUUUUGUAGGGCUGUUUUAAGGAUUAGGUGAUAAAAUUCAUCUGAAACAAUUAGCAUAUUGUAUUUCAUGGUAUAAACCUUCAUUAAAAGCAGCUAGUCACUAAAUAACAUAUAGGAAUACAGGCAAAAUCUAUUCUCUAAAAGCAUUCAAGGACAGUAAUAAAUAGAAAAUAAACCAAUAGGAUGAAAAGACAGAAGAAACAGUGAAACAAAACUUAGUGAUUGCCUGCCAACUUGAUCAUUAGAUUAAGUUGGAAUAGAAUAAUUCCGAUUUGUAUGCUAUUUAUUGGUUACUAAUAAAGUAUAAUGAUUAUAGAGAGAAUAACAUUAUGGGAGUUUAACUAGGGGAAAGUAUCAACCUGGGUCUUCUUUUUCUUUGUCUUAGGCCUGCUCCAGGUUUUGCAUUUACCUGUGUAAAUUGACAUUUAAAAAAAGUAGAGAAGGAAAAGUUUUCAUAUCGAACAUUAUCAUAAUGAUGGAUCUUUUGAUUCAUAAUGACCCAAAAUAUCAGGUUUGCUAAAUAAAAAUUUUACUUUUGAUUUUAGGAUCAGAGCAUAUACAUUCACACAUUUUUUAUAAAUUAAAUUUUAAUUAAACUCACAAUUAAAUAAUUGAUUUAAAGAAUGUUGCUAUUCUACCCACAGCUAUAGACUAGCACCUAAAUAUCACUUUCCAAAUAAAUUUGAAGAUGUGUAAUGCAGUAAGGUGGUUAUUAUGCCAAGAUGUUCUUAACAAAUACGGUAUAGAUCCUGAAAGAACUGGUAUUUCUGGAGACAGUGCUGGAGGGAAUUUGGCUGUAGCAGUGACUCAACAGGCAUUUAGAGAAGAAAUUGCACCAAUCAACUUAAAAGUUAAAACAGUAAAUGAUUUAUCCAGUCAGCUAUCUCCACUUGACCUACAUCCAUCUCUAAAGAUGUCUCGCCAGCUAGAUGACCUUAAUAGCGAUGGAAACUUUUGCAGUGCCGGAACCAGUGGGCCGAGCACACAGGUAUAAGCUUUUGUCUUGGAGCAGCAGGAUAUGGAUUCCUGCUUUCCACAAGCGGCCAGAAUCCCAGUCUCCCCAGGAACUCCGCCUGUCCCAGUGUUCCAACUGCGUAAUCAGAAGAGUAUG